AUGUCUGCGGGCGUGAAGGCGUCGAGUUUCACUCAACGCUCCUUGUCUUCUUUGGCUACGUGUACUUCACUUUCUCAUGCGAUUAAUAGCAUUGAAAAUAGUAAACCUGCAGUGGUUAUAGACCUUGGAAGACGCCUUAUAAAAGUUGGAUUUGCUGGUGAAUUCGUUCCACGAGCGAUUAUUCACUCGAAAUAUUUCGCUGUAUCUCUUUAUGAGCAGAACGAGUCACAGAAUGAUGGUUGUCCCAGUUUACCCGUAAUUGUUAAGUUCUUCCACCAGAUUUUUAACAGUUACCUUUUAACAAUGCCACGUGAACGACGAGUUGUUAUUGUUGAAAAUCUUCUGACACCAACUAGUUUAAGGGAGCGCAUUUGUGAGGCACUUCUGGUGGUGCUGAAUGUGCCUAGUGUGCUCUUCAUCCCUUCACACCUUUGCGCAACUUUUCCAUUUAACACAGAAAAUGCCCUUGUUGUAGAUGUCGGAUAUGCAGAAACGUUAGGAAUUCCGGUAGGAAGCAUUUAA